AUGUUCGUUGUCUCGUUUGCUGCGGCAACGGAUAUCUUCAUGUAUGGGCUGAUCGUCCCUGUCACGCCCACGGCCUUGCAGGAUAGAGUGGGGCUGUCGGAGGGCAGUAUCCAAAGCUGGACUUCUAUUCUUCUUGCGCUGUACUCGGCUGCGUUGUUGGGGUUCUCGCCUAUUGUUGGCUACCUGGCUGAUCGAUCCGAGUCACGUCGAUGGCCACUGUUAAUUGGGUUGGUGGCGCUGGGCGCUGCUACGGCUUUGUUAUGUGUUGGGACGAAUAUUGGGCUGUGGAUUGCUGGUCGUUUGUUUCAGGGUGCUGCUGCUGCCGUGGUUUGGUCUGUUGGUCUUGCGCUGAUGGUUGAUACUGUUGGUAAAGAGGAUCUGGGCCAGGCUAUUGGUUAUGUAUCUAUGGGUAUUAGCGUUGGGACAUUGGCUGGUCCCCUGCUCGGUGGUGUUUUAUACCAAAAUGGUGGAUACUAUGCUGUCUUUGGCCUUGCCUUUGGACUCAUUGGUGUUGAUAUCUUCCUCCGGGUGAUUCUGAUCGAGCGACGACAUGCGAUCAAAUGGCUUGCGCCGGAGCAGAGACCCUCGUCUGCGAAUGGACAGCAAACCGAGAAAGAGCACAAAGAAACUCGAAGCUCUUCAGCCUCCAACAUAUCUGAUACCGAUACAAUGCCCAAAUCGCCUCCUUCACGAAGUGCCCUGCACCGUGUUGGCACUCUACUUAGAUCGCCCCGUCUUAUCGUCUCCCUGUGGGGAUACUUCAUCAUAUCCCUUGUCCUGACCUCCUUCGACAGUGUUCUCCCACUAUAUGUGCAAGAGACAUUCGAUUGGAAGCAAACCGGCCAAGGACUGAUCUUCAUCCCACUCAUGGUACCACACUUCCUGGACCCUGUAACCGGGUACGUCAUCGACAAAUUCCCCCGGGCCUCUCGCUACAUUACAGCAGGAGUAUUCCUUGCCUCUGUUCCCGUGAUGACACUUCUGCGUCUCGUCAUAGAUAACACCAUGCAACAUAAGAUUCUGCUGUGCGCUCUUCUUGCUCUUCUUGGUCUCUGCUUCGCGGUUGCUAUGCCUCCUAUCGUGGCGGAAGUCUUCUAUGCCGUGCAAGAGAAGGAAGAUGAAACACCGGAUAUCUUUGGCCGUGGUGGAGCUAUGGCUCUGGCUUUUGGUCUUUCCAAUAUGGGCUUUGCGGCUGGAAGUCUCAUUGGGCCAUUCUUCGCUGGUUUUAUUCGACAAGAGGCUGGUUGGGGGACUAUGGGCUGGGCAAUGGGCCUGAUUGUUGGUGUCUCGGCGCUUCCAGUCCUUUUGUUCCUUGGCGGAUGGAUCUUGCGGAAGCCUAAGCCAUCGGAAGAAACUCCGAUCAGCGAGAGUGAUUCCCCAUAG